UUCAAAAUUUGCGCAUCUAAUUUUUGUUCACUGUAGAAGCGACACCUUCGAGUGUUUGUGAAAAUGCCAGACAGAAACUCUUAUGUGGACAGUCAAUUCCUCACCCCACGAAGGUCACCCAGGUUCCUCCCACAACUAAACCACACCACCACUGUCAACCCCAAAUCUGCCACUGUUUCCGUAAAGAAAUCCAAUGAUUCUACAGUCGGGUCGAGAAUAUCUCCGAAGCUUAACAAUGGGGACGUUGGGUUUUCUUCUCUUCGACGAUCUCCCAGGUUCAAAAACGAGCCAAGCGAUAAGAAAGUGAAAGGCACGAGGGUGAAGGGUGGUGAAGCUGAAACGAAGGAAAAUUGUGUAGUUUUGGAUGAGGGGUUUGGUCGAGUAAGAAAUAGAGAGAGAAAGGAGAAGAGGGUUGAAGUUAAAACGCUCGAUAAUCAUGACGCUUUGGAUGAAGGGCGUCGUCGACGAAGGAAGAAGGAGAGAAACAAGGGGAGUAGGGAUGGAGUUAACACGCAAGGAAAUCUUGUCAUUUCAGAUGAAGGGACUGGUGGGGGAGAAAAGAAGGGGGUAAUAGGGAAGAGGGUUGAAGUUAAAACGACCAGAAAUGGUGUCGUUUCGGAUGAGGGUGCUGGUGGGGGAAGAAAGAAGGGUGGAAAUAGGGAGAUCGUUGGAGUUAAAACAGAAGAAAAUCGUGUUGUUUGUGAUGAGGGUUUUGGUGGAGAAAGAAAGAAGGGGAGAAAUGGAGACAAGAGAAAGCGCAAUGACGAUGAAAUAAGGAAAGGAUGGACGAAGGAACAAGAUUUGGCUCUUCAAAGUGCAUAUCUUACUGCAAAGCCUAGCCCCCAUUUCUGGAAGAACGUUUCCAAACUGGUUCCUGGAAAGUCUCAACAGGAAUGCUUUGAUAGAAUUCACAUAGACCAUGCGACUCCAGUUCAAUUGCAGCCUCGAUCAAGGGCAAAGACAUUAAAAUCACCCAUUCAUGAAUUUUCUUUAUCUGCAAGUAAACUUCUCGACCCUAUCGACAUAAAAGUUAGAAGAUCUAAUGUUCUAAAACCAAAGAACAUUAUGACCCAGAAGUCUGUUGAGAAGCAGUUACAGCGCAAGCUUGUAGGUGAUCUAGACGGUGCAGGGGACAUAUUUUCCGUUCUCGAACCAAACAUAGAUUUGUCCACUAAUGUUUUACAGCCUAGUGAAUCUCUUUUUACUCCAAAGCAGCUAAAGGAAAACAAAGGGUUCCUGCAAAGUUGCACCGAAACAUCAUCUUCAAGUGGUAAUAAGGUACUUUCAAGAUUUAGUGGCUCGCACAAUACAAAUCUUGUUAGUCCUCCGGUAUUAAAGAAAGUAAAGAACAGGGUAUUGCAUGAGAAAUAUGUCAAUCAAUUACGCUGUAGGGAAUCAAAGAGAAGAGCAGCCUCUAUGAAGAUAAUUGGUGAAGGAAGAAGCAUAAAGAGAAAGGAUGCAGUUAAAGCUGCAAAAGUUGCCUUGGUUUCUGAAGCUAGAGAUGCUAUCAAUAAAUUUCGACAAUCGCAAGUCAAUGUCAUGGACAACGGCUGCAGUUCUGAUGAACUUAACGAUGAUAGCAUUCAAUAUGAAGAUGAAAGUCAAUAGCUUUUACUGAAACUUAUUGUCUUUUUGCUUGUAUAGUAUUUUGAUCUGUACUUUUAGAAAUUAUAGAAACUGAUUUUUUCUGUGGUUCAUGUAACUGUCUGUUAUACCCAUCUUUUCAUUAUUUGAGUA